AUGCAGCGCUUCUCGCGGCUGGCCCGCCGCGGCCUGGCCACCGUCAGCGAAGCUCCCCUCAGCCGCAAGGUCCGCCAGAACAUCCACGAGGAUGGCAACUUCAUCAACUACGCCAAGAUGGCGGAGAACCUGUCCAUCGUGCGCGGCCGCCUGAACAAGCCCCUCACCUACGCCGAAAAGAUCAUCUACUCUCAUCUCGACGAUCCCCAUAACCAGGAGAUCGAGCGUGGAAAGUCAUACCUGAAGCUGAGGCCGGAUCGUGUUGCUUGCCAGGAUGCCACCGCCCAGAUGGCCAUUCUGCAGUUCAUGUCCGCCGGCAUGCCCUCUGUGGCCACGCCCACCACCGUCCACUGCGACCACUUGAUUGAGGCGCAGGUUGGCGGCGAGAAGGAUCUUGAGCGCGCCACGGACAUCAACAAAGAGGUCUACGACUUCCUGUCGACUUCGUGCGCCAAGUACAACAUUGGCUUCUGGAGGCCCGGCUCUGGUAUCAUUCACCAGAUUGUCCUUGAGAACUACGCGUUCCCCGGUGGUUUGAUGAUUGGCACCGACUCGCACACCCCCAACGCGGGUGGUCUGGGAAUGGCCGCCAUUGGUGUUGGUGGUGCUGAUGCCGUCGACGUCAUGGCCAACCUCCCCUGGGAGCUCAAGGCCCCCAAGGUCAUUGGUGUCAAGCUCACCGGCCAGAUGUCUGGCUGGACUUCUCCCAAGGACAUCAUCUUGAAGGUCGCUGGCAUCCUUACCGUCAAGGGUGGUACUGGUGCCAUCAUUGAGUACCACGGUCCCGGAACCGACUCACUCUCUUGCACUGGUAUGGGUACCAUCUGCAACAUGGGUGCUGAGAUUGGUGCCACCACGUCUAUUUUCCCCUUCAACGACCGCAUGUACGACUACCUGGCUGCUACUAAGCGCAAGGACAUCGGUGACUUCGCGAGAACGUAUGCCAAGGAUCUGCGCGAGGACGAGGGUGCCGAGUACGACCAGCUCAUCGAGAUCAACCUCUCCGAGCUGGAGCCCCACAUCAACGGCCCCUUCACUCCCGAUCUGGCGACUCCUAUCAGCAAGUUCAAGGAUGCCGUCAAGGAGAACGGCUGGCCGGAUGACCUCAAGGUCGGUCUGAUCGGUUCCUGCACGAACUCGUCCUAUGAGGACAUGAGCCGAGCCGCGAACAUUGCCCGUGAUGCCAUGGCGCACGGCGUCAAGGCCAAGGCCCUGUUCACGAUCACUCCCGGUUCGGAACAGAUCCGCGCUACUAUAGAGCGCGAUGGACAGCUGAAGACCUUUGAGGAGUUUGGAGGAAUGGUUUUGGCCAACGCCUGUGGGCCAUGCAUUCGAGAGCAAGCUGCCGAGGAGAACAAGCGCAAGCGCAAGGCCGAAGAGCUCGAGAAGCAGCGCGUCAAGAUGCAGAAGCAGCAACUCGCAGAUGCCGAGGCCGUCCGCAACAAGCGACUUGAAAGGCAGCGGGCAUACGAGGCAAAGCAAAGGCCCGAGGACCUUGAAGCCUUCCACUCCCCAAGAGGACUGCAGGUCCAGAGAAGGCUUCCGAGGUGUACCACACCAGAGCUUGCGAGUCGGCAAUGGGACAGGAAAGACACCGUCAAGGGCGAACGUAACAGCAUUAUCUCGUCGUACAACCGUAACUUCACGGGCCGCAACGACGCCAAUCCGGCAACGCACGCCUUCGUCACGUCGCCCGACCUUGUCGUCGCGCUCACGAUCGCCGGUACUCUCAACUUCAACCCCCUCACCGACACUCUGAAGGGCGCGGACGGCAAGGAGUUCAAGCUGAAGGAGCCCCACGGCGACGGUCUGCCCACUCAAGGUUUUGACCCCGGUCGCAACACUUACCAGGCUCCGCCGGCCGACCGCUCGAGCGUGAGCGUUGCGGUUUCUCCGACCAGCGACCGCUUGCAGAUUCUCGAGCCGUUCCAGCCCUGGGACGGCAAGGAUGCGGAGAACCUCCCGAUUCUUAUCAAGGCUCAAGGCAAGACUACUACUGACCACAUCUCUAUGGCCGGCCCCUGGCUGAAGUACCGCGGACAUCUGGACAACAUCUCGAACAACAUGCUUAUCGGCGCCGUCAACUCUGCGAACGGCAAGGCGAACAACAUCAAGAACCAGACUGACAGCUCCUUCGGCGCCGUUCCCGACGUUGCCCGCGACUACAAGAAGAAGGGCAUCAAGUGGGUCGUUAUCGGCGACUGGAACUACGGCGAGGGCUCUUCCCGCGAGCACGCCGCUCUCGAGCCCAGGCACCUUGGUGGUCUUGCCAUCAUCACCAAGUCCUUCGCCCGUAUUCACGAGACCAACUUGAAGAAGCAGGGAAUGCUCCCUCUUACCUUCUCCAACCCCGAGGAUUACGACAAGAUCCAGCCCGAUGACAAGGUCGACCUUCUGUGCACUCAGCUUGCCGUCGGCAAGCCCAUGACUCUCCGUGUUCACCCGGCCAACGGCGACAAGACCUUUGACGUUGAGCUGUCGCACACUUUCAACGAGGGUCAGAUUGAGUGGUUCAAGAACGGUAGCGCGCUGAACACCAUGGCCAAGUCUUCCAAGGCAUAG